AUGAAUCGGUUGAGUAGUAUAAAACUUCCGUCGAUGGAUGCUGCCGUGAACGUGGCCAGUCAACUUAAACGGCAAUUUAUACCUCCCAAAGGUGAACAAAUAAGUUCACAUCAUGGAGAAAGGGUACAUUUUGCCCAGCUGCCCAAUCAGAAUCACAGUUCUCACGGCGGAAUCACUGACGAGCAUCACGAAAUGUCACACGUGAAGUCUGGUAGUAAUCCGUUCGGAUCCAGUAAUCCAAGUAAUCCGUUCCUGCAGAUGCAACAAGAAGAGAACCAUAGCUUUCAACAGGAGAGUCAUUUUGGUCAAGAUGGAAUUACCAAGCAACAAAGUAGGAUGUCGUCGGUGGAUUUCUCUGAUGGUAGUGAUUUUGUAGAAGGAAAGAGUGAUGUUAAGAUCAACGAGUACCAAGCAGCUUGGAAUGUCACCAAUGCUAUUCAAGGGAUGUUUAUAGUCUCUUUACCCUUCGCCGUUCUGAGAGGUGGAUAUUGGGCUAUAGCCGCCAUGAUAGGUGUUGCCUACAUCUGUUGUUAUACUGGAAAGAUACUUGUUGAUUGCCUGUACGAAUUCGAUGUUCAAACGGGACGGCAAGUAAGAGUGCGAGAUUCGUACGUAUCAAUUGCCAAGGAAUGUUUCGGCAAGAAAUAUGGCGGCAAGGUGGUCAGCAUCGCCCAAAUCAUCGAGCUUUUGAUGACCUGCAUCCUAUACGUUGUGGUGUGUGGCGAUUUGAUGAUCGGGUCCUUUCCGGAUGGCGACAUGGACACUAGAUCUUGGAUGAUGUUGAUUGGUAUAUUCCUACUACCUUUAGGUUUCCUAAAAUCCUUAAAAAGUGUCUCUGUCCUAUCCUUCUGGUGUACCAUGUCCCACAUCCUCAUCAACGUCAUCAUUUUGGGCUACUGCCUCCUCUACAUCGGCGAAUGGGGCUGGGGCACAGUAAAAUGGGGCCUGGACUUGGAAAACUUCCCCAUCAGCUUGGGUGUGAUCGUAUUCAGCUACACCUCCCAAAUAUUCCUACCCACAUUGGAAGGAAACAUGGAAGACCCUUCUAAAUUUGAGUGGAUGCUCGAUUGGUCCCACGUUUGGGCAGCCGUGUUCAAAGCAGUCUUUGGAUACGUUUGCUUCCUUACUUUUGAAAACGAUACACAGCAGGUUAUCACAAAUAACUUGCAUUCGCCUGGAUUCAAAGGUUUGGUGAAUAUCUGUCUGGUAGUCAAAGCAAUGUUAAGUUAUCCUCUACCUUAUUACGCUGCCUGUGAGUUGCUGGAAAGAAGCUUUUUUAGAGGUAAACCGAAAACUCCAUUUCCUACCAUUUGGGAUCAAAAUGGAGACCUGAAAGUAUGGGGUCUCGCCUGGAGACUGGCCGUUAUAAUAUUCACAAUACUCAUGGCUUAUUUUAUUCCGCACUUUCAAAUACUCAUGGGAUUUAUUGGGAGCUUCACAGGCACAAUGCUAAGCUUCAUAUGGCCCUGUUACUUCCAUCUAAAAUUAAAGAGUAAAACUCUGGAAAGGAAGACGGUAAUUUUCAACUAUUUUAUCAUAUAUUUAGGGUUCAUUUUCGCCAUAAUAGGUAUCUUUGAUUCGGGUAAAGCGUUGAUUAACGCUUUUGAAAUUGGGCUUCCGUUUUAAGUAGUAAUAAAUCCAGUAAAAUACCAACGAAGUAUAUGUACCUUUUUUUAGAGAGAAAAAAGGUUUAAAAUAAUAUGUCGGAUUCGUCCGACAAUAAUAAUAUUAAGAAUCCAGUCUUCCAAAAAUUAAAAAUAAU